AUGGGUGGCGUAUUAGCCUCAUUCGACAGUCCAGAGGAAAUCGAGGAACUUUCAGAACAUUUAAAAUCAAAUUAUCCCAAGGAUAGAUGGUGGUGGUUAUCAGGAUCUGAUCUACACUCUGAAGGCGAUUUUUAUUGGUACGGAACUGGCGAACGUAUGUUAUAUGCUGACUGGGCGGGUGUACAACCUGAUAAUGCCGGUGGCAAUGAGCAUUGUGUUCAUUUGAAGUACAAGGAACCUAAAUACCAAAUGAAUGACUGGAAUUGCAGAAUGAACGCAUUUUAUAUUUGCCAAACCAAGAAGCCAACGACAGUUGUGGUCAGCGUAUUCUAA